AUAGAAUUGCUUUGGCUUUAACCGAAAACCAUAAUAAAUGUGAACUACUUUGGUACUUAAACAUUGUCAUCUUAGCCACAUAAUUUUAGAAACAGACUUGGGUUUUAGAAAUUUUUGUACUGUUCUAGGCCAGACCACACUAGCAACAUAGAGAGAAGAACCAUUUAACAAUGGUAUUUAGCUCGGGAAAUUAUGCAAACAAAGUGUGUUUGCAUUCGCUUCUUCUACUGCUUUUCUCAGCAAAUGUGGCUUUCUCUGGCACACUCGUUACCUCCAUUCCGGGAUUCGAUGGUGACCUUCCUUUUAAACUCUAUACUGGGUACGUAACUGUAAAUAAAGUUGAGAUGUUUUACUAUUUCAUCGAAUCAGAGGGGAGCCCCAGAGAGGACCCUGUUUUGCUUUGGUACAGUGGCGGCCCUGGUUGCUCUGCUUUCAACGGUCUCAUCUACGAGAUUGGUCCAUUAGCUUUCAAUAUGACACACUACGCAGGGGGUUUACCAAAAACAUAUUAUUAUCCAUACUCAUGGACAAAGGACGCCAACAUUUUAUUUGUAGAUGCACCUGUUGGCACUGGUUUCUCCUAUGCAACAAGUGCCGAAGCUUACGCUGUCUCAGACACAAUAACAGCAGUACAAGUUUAUGAUUUCUUAAGGAAGUGGUUGACUGAAGAAUACCCAGAAUACCUGCUAAAUGAAUUAUUUAUUGGGGCUGAUUCUUAUUCAGGCGUAUCUGGCACAAUUGUUGUUAAACAUAUAACUGAUGAUAAUAAUGCUGGAGCCAUACCACGCCUGAAUCUCAAGGGAUACAUUCUUGGGUGCCCUCGGACUGAUGCGGACAUUAAUGACAAUUCAAAGAUAAUAUAUUCUCAUCGAAUGGGGCUUGUAUCAGAUGAACUCUAUGAGGCAGCAAAAGAAAGUUGCAAUGGUAGUUACACUGACGUUACCACAGCGCAACCACAAUGCUACGAGGAUCUUCAAUUAAUGAAGCAUUGCACUAAAGACAUAAACAAAAACCAUAUUCUGGAGCCUAAGUGCACCUGGACAUCUCCACAUCCAUAUGGAGAAUCUCUUAGAAGAGCCCUUGAGGAAGACUCUGAUGGCCUCACCUUAAAUUCUGAUGAUGUGCCAGAAUAUUUUUGCCAUACCUUUGGUUAUGCACUUUCUUACAUUUGGGCCAAUGAUAAAACUGUCCGAGAAGCCCUUCAUAUCAGAGAGGGAACAAUAUAUGACUGGAAGAGAUGCAACAAGAGCUUAUCAUACACAUAUGACGUCACCAGUGUCCUUGAUUAUCAUAAAAAUCUCAGCAAAUUGGGCUUACAAGUUCUAAUAUACAACGGUGACCAUGACCUAACAAUCCCAAACAUUGGAACGCAACAAUGGAUCAAGGUGCUAAAUUUGACCAUUGUUAAUGAUUGGCGACAGUGGUUAGUGGAUGGUCAAAUUGCAGGAUACACGAUCAAGUAUUCUUCUAAUGGAUACCGCUUGACCUAUGCAUCUAUUAAGGGAGCUGGUCACUCACCACAAGAGUACAAGCGUAGAGAAUGCUUUCAGAUGUUCAACAGGUUCAUCCAUUAUUAUCCAAUCUAAUUAACACCCGUAGCUUCAAGUUUAAGGAGUGGUUCUACUCUCAUUAUGCGGAAAAUUUUCUUUCUUGUAAUUUUGUACUAUUUCAUUGAUGUAAUUGAGAAAGUAUUGAAAACAAUUAAUAGUUGAUUCCUUAAUAAAGGUUAGCGGGAUGUACAAUUCAUGGCA